ACCCCGGCGGCGCGGGGGCCUCUGGGACGGCUCUCGGGGGCUGCCCCUCGCGUGUGCCUGACCCAGUGUGCACUGCAGCCUGCCUUUUCCUGCCGAGCCACCACUUGCGCUUUCUCCCGCGCCUGUAAGGCGACUUCCCGCGUGCCGAGGAAAUCCCCGAAUCCCGAGCGUCCGACCAAGGGCCUCGCGCACCCCACGGUCCCAACUCUGUGGUCCCGCGGAGGCGGAGCCCGCGGCGCGGUGCAUGCCGGGACGGCGGUGGGCGGUGCCUGCGCUCGCAUCAUGGCGGCUGAGUGGGCUUCUCGUUUCUGGCUUUGGGCUGCGCUGCUGAUUCCUGUGGCCGCGGUCUACGAAGACCAAGUGGGCAAGUUUGAUUGGAGACAGCAGUAUGUUGGGAAGCUCAAGUUUGCCUCCUUGGAAUUUUCCCCUGGAUCUAAGAAGUUGGUUGUAGCCACAGAGAAGAAUGUGAUUGCAGCAUUAAAUUCCAGAACUGGGGAGAUCUUGUGGCGCCAUGUUGACAAGGGCACGGCAGAAGGGGCUGUGGAUGCCAUGCUGCUUCACGGACAGGAUGCAAUCACUGUGUCCAAUGGAGGAAGAAUCAUGCGUUCCUGGGAGACUAACAUCGGGGGCCUGAACUGGGAGAUAACCUUGGACAGUGGCAGUUUCCAGGCACUUGGGCUGGUUGGCCUGCAGGAGUCUGUGAGGUACAUCGCAGUCCUGAAGAAGACGACGCUUGCCCUCCAUCACCUCUCCAGUGGGCACCUCAAGUGGGUGGAACAUCUCCCAGAAAGUGACAGCAUCCACUACCAGAUGGUGUAUUCUUACGGCUCUGGGGUGGUGUGGGCCCUCGGUGUUUUUCCUUUCAGCCAUGUGAACAUUGUCAAGUUUAAUGUAGAAGAUGGAGAGAUUGUUCAGCAGGUCAGGGUUUCAACUCCAUGGCUGCAGCACCUGUCCGGAGCCUGUGGCGUGGUGGAUGAGGCUGUCCUGGUGUGUCCUGACCCGAGCUCACGUUCCCUCCAAACUUUGGCUCUGGAGACGGAAUGGGAGCUGAGACAGAUCCCGCUGCAGUCUCUCGACUUAGAAUUUGGAAGUGGAUUCCAACCCCGGGUCCUGCCCACCCAGCCCAACCCAGUGGACGCUUCCCGGGCCCAGUUCUUCCUGCACUUGUCCCCAAGCCACUAUGCUCUGCUGCAGUACCAUUACGGCACCCUGAGUUUGCUUAAAAACUUCCCACAGACUGCCCUAGUGAGCUUUGCCACCACUGGGGAGAAGACGGUGGCUGCAGUCAUGGCCUGUCGGAAUGAAGUGCAGAAACCUAGCAAUUCUGAAGAUGGGUCAAUGGGGAGCUUUCCGGAGAAGUCUAGUUCAAAGGACUCUCUGGCUUGCUUCAAUCAGACCUACACCAUUAACCUGUAUCUCGUGGAGACAGGUCGGCGGCUGCUGGACACCACAAUUACAUUUAGCCUGGAACAGAGCGGCACUCGGCCUGAGCGGCUGUAUAUCCAGGUGUUCUUGAAGAAGGAUGACUCAGUGGGCUACCGGGCUUUGGUGCAGACGGAGGAUCAUCUGCUACUUUUCCUGCAGCAGUUGGCAGGGAAGGUGGUGCUGUGGAGUCGUGAGGAGUCCCUGGCAGAAGUGGUGUGCCUAGAGAUGGUGGACCUCCCCCUGACUGGGGCACAGGCCGAGCUGGAAGGAGAAUUUGGCAAAAAGGCAGCGAUUCAAGAUGGCUUGCUGGGGAUGUUCCUGAAACGCCUCUCGUCUCAGCUUAUCCUGCUGCAAGCAUGGACUUCCCACCUCUGGAAAAUGUUUUACGAUGCUCGGAAGCCCCGAAGUCAGAUUAAGAAUGAGAUCAACAUUGACACCCUGGCCAGAGAUGAAUUCAACCUCCAGAAGAUGAUGGUGAUGGUAACAGCCUCAGGCAAGCUUUUUGGCAUUGAGAGCAGCUCUGGCACCAUCCUGUGGAAACAGUAUCUACCCAACGUCAAGCCAGACUCCUCCUUUAAACUGAUGGUUCAGAGAACUACUGCUCAUUUCCCCCACCCCCCCCAGUGUACCCUGCUGGUGAAGGACAAGGAGUCGGGAAUGAGUUCUCUGUAUGUCUUCAAUCCCAUUUUUGGGAAGUGGAGUCAGGUGGCUCCCCCAGUGCUGAAGCGCCCCAUCUUGCAGUCCUUGCUUCUCCCAGUCAUGGAUCAAGACUACGCCAAGGUGUUGCUGUUGAUAGAUGAUGAAUACAAGGUCACAGCUUUUCCAGCCACUCGGAAUGUCCUGCGACAGCUACAUGAGCUUGCCCCUUCCAUUUUCUUCUAUUUGGUGGAUGCGGAGCAGGGACGGCUAUGUGGAUAUCGGCUUCGAAAGGAUCUCACCACUGAGCUGAGUUGGGAGCUGACCAUUCCCCCGGAAGUACAGCGGAUCGUCAAGGUGAAGGGGAAACGCAGCAGUGAGCACGUUCAUUCCCAGGGCCGUGUGAUGGGGGACCGCAGUGUGCUCUACAAGAGCCUGAACCCCAACCUGCUGGCUGUGGUGACGGAGAGCACAGACACACAUCAUGAGCGCACCUUUAUUGGCAUCUUCCUCAUUGAUGGCGUCACUGGGCGUAUCAUCCACUCCUCUGUGCAGAAGAAAGCCAAGGGCCCUGUCCAUAUCGUGCAUUCAGAGAACUGGGUGGUGUACCAGUACUGGAACACCAAGGCUCGGCGCAAUGAGUUUACCGUACUGGAGCUCUAUGAGGGCACUGAGCAAUACAACGCCACUGCCUUCAGCUCCCUGGACCGCCCCCAGCUGCCCCAGGUCCUGCAGCAGUCCUAUAUCUUCCCAUCCUCCAUCAGUGCCAUGGAGGCCACCAUCACCGAGCGGGGCAUCACCAGCCGACACCUGCUGAUUGGACUACCUUCUGGAGCAAUUCUUUCCCUUCCUAAGGCUUUGCUGGAUCCCCGCCGCCCCGAGAUCCCAACAGAACAAAGCAGAGAGGAGAACCUAAUCCCGUAUUCUCCAGAUGUACAGAUACAUGCAGAGCGAUUCAUCAACUAUAACCAGACAGUUUCUCGAAUGCGAGGUAUCUACACAGCUCCCUCGGGCCUGGAGUCCACUUGUUUGGUUGUGGCCUAUGGUUUGGACAUUUACCAAACUCGAGUCUACCCAUCUAAGCAGUUUGACGUUCUGAAGGAUGACUAUGACUACGUGUUAAUCAGCAGCGUCCUCUUUGGCCUGGUUUUUGCCACCAUGAUCACUAAGAGACUAGCACAGGUGAAGCUCCUGAAUCGGGCCUGGCGAUAAAGACCAAAGACUGUGCCUAAAAGUGGAAGCCAGGGGAGUGUGGGUCAGAAAAGCAGCUACAGCUGCAGUUUGGUGGAUUGGUGGAGUGUGUGUGUGUGUGUGUG